AUGGAAACGGUGCACACGGCCAUCGGGGUUGCGGGCAUAGUGGCCAUGUUCUUCGUGGUGACCCGAUCGGUAACUCAAGUAGGCGGCAUGGUGUUUAACCAAUCCCGUGAUCCGAUUGCUGACCUUGUGAGCCGUGGUGGUCCAGUGGCGGAUCAGCUGUCCGCCGUCGAGGGGGAAACUCCUCUAGUGGAGGGCGACCGCAUGGAUGGCGCCUGUUCCGUGGUACAAAGCAUUGGAGGCAAGGCGUGUGCCUUGAUAGGGCCAUUGCUCCCAAAGUUUCCGACUGAACGGAAUUCCGAGGUUUCCCCGAAGGAAGUCGAAAAAGAUAAAAUGGACUCGGAGCAGGUGGUAGUAAAACAGGAAGCUCCGCCUGCGGCAGAUUUACCGGAAGAGGAGUAGGAUCUAUCCAGCAAUGAUGUCGAAUGGGAAGGCUUUCAGAAUGCUUUGUGUGAUUCGAAACCAGACGAGCUCAUUCAUUUUGAACAGCUUGGACUGAUCACAUCUCUUUCGUGAAAUAGAACACAAAAAAGUAAUAUGAAAAAUUGAACUAAAAUUCUAAAUUCGUAGCCAAGGACUAGCUUCAACGUAUUUCUUCAGCAAACAAAAAUCACAGUUGCAGCUGUACCAUUUGACCCUGCAGAUCUGCAGAUUCCAGAAGUGAUUCGCGAGUGUUCCUACCCAAAUCCAAAACUUUCAAAAUGGUUCUGAUGCUUUGCUGCAGCUUCGAUCCCUUCUACGUGGGACCCUGCCCACCCGGCUGCCUGGCUCCUUUGAUGGGGGGAACUCCCUACUGCGGAUGCGGUCCCUGUGGAGGUUGCUGUAGUCCUUGCUGUGGUCCUUGUGGUGGCUGCAGCUCGUGUCCCUGCGGCUGGUGAAGUGCUCACUGGAAAAAGAAAAGAAUGGUCUCUAACCGCUAUCAUAGGCAAUACUAAGCGCAUGCGGUAAGAAGCUUCUUCCGGGAUCAAGCUUCUGUCAAAGACUGCUGGAGGGAUAUAUUGGUGUUAGAAACCCUUUUCCUUGGCCGGGGCUAAAACACCCAAGCUCUCGUAUACAUUUAGAAUUUUUAUUAUGGCUGUUCAGUAAUAAAAUGAAUUAAAAUACAAAA